UCUGAAGAUGACACCCGCCAGUUUAGCAUUCGCUUGGAGCAUGUUUGCUCUGAGGAUGACUGUCACUCCAGCCUAUCAAGACAACAUGAAAGAGCUCAAUGAAAUUGUAAUUUGCUCCAAUGACCGGAUGGAAGUGUUCAUCCCAAGUGCCUUUUUUCUCAGCAAAGUCCCCCCAGUUUAUGUCUGGGAUUUACACCUCAAUGACCCAGAAUGCCGUGGGGUGGAGAUCGAUGAUGACUAUGUUUUCAGCAUCAAGACAAACCUGUCCGACUGUGGGACCAUCACGACCUUGGAUGAUAGCCACAUCAUGUUCAUCAACACCAUACGGAAUAAUGAUUCGGAUGUUAUCACAAGAAGCUACGUCAACAUUACCUUUGUCUGCCGGUACCCUAUCAACUAUAUGGUUCAGCAACCCAAUGGUGAAAACAUGAUCAGAGUGGACAUCCGGACAAUUACCCUUAACACAGAAGACGGGAACUUCUCAGUGGCCAUGAUGUUGUACAAAGAUGAAGAUUUUGAGGACAAGUGGACGACCACUCCUUUUUUGCUGUUGGACGACAACAUCUAUGUGAAGGUCUUCAUGAUACCAGCUCAUCUUGUACUGCGCCUGGAACGGUGCUGGGCCACUCCCAACAAUGACCCCUAUAGCAGUGUCCAGUACAAUUUCAUCAGAGACAGCUGUCCAGUCGCAAUGAGUGAGCAAACACUGUUCGUGCUCAGUAAUGGUCAGGGUCCGGAGGCCAUGUUCCAGAUACAAAUGUUCAAGUUUGUGGGUAAUACCUAUAAAGAUGUCUUUCUACACUGCAAUGUCCAGAUCUGCCACAGCACAGCGGGGGUCUGCCAGCCUAACUGCUCUGGAGAAGACGGUGUGGUCCGAACAAAGAGGGACAUUACACAGUCUCACACUGUGUCCUAUGGACCCAUUAGAAGGUUGAUGGCCACCAGUGGAAAACCAGACCUGAAUUCAGGUGGUCUGCCUCCUGUGGAGACUGUUGUCUUGGGUGGACUGCUGCUGGUCCUGCUGCUGGUCCUGCUGCUGGUCACAGGGGUGUUUGGGAGGGUAUUGCUGCGCACACGGAGGUCCUACCCCACACACGAAGCCCAGCUGACUCUGUCCAAUAUCCACCACCUCUCAGAGGUGGCCUCCUGAGCCUGAUGGAGUCUUAACACAAUGCACACACACACACACACACACACACACACACACACACACACAAAUGCAUCUGUGUACACGUACACACAUGCAUACAAUCACAUCUGUGGACAUAUACCGUGCAAUCUACAAGUAUUUUGACAAUGACACAUUUUUUGUUUUGGCUCUGUACUCCAACAAUGAAACAAUGACUAUGAAGUUGACGUCAAGACUAUCACCUUUAAUUUGAGGUUAGUCACAUCCAUAUUGGGUGAUCUAUGUAGGAAUUGCAUCCCUUUUUAUACAUAGCCCAGGGAACCAAAUGUAAUCAGACAGUUGGCUUUUCAGCUGUUUCUGAUUAGUCAGGUCUAUUCAAUCAAUCAUUUCCUUACUGUAGGUAUAAAAAGCUUUCAGUAUCUAGUCUUGAUUCUUGGCUCUUGUUUGCCUUGGAGUCUGCUAUUGGCGUUUGUCAACAUGAGUUGUUCCAGUGAGAAUUAAGGAAAUCAGAAUUAAUUUUGCUGCUCCUAUUAGCAGUUACAUUAUCAAUGAAGGCAAUUGAGCCAACAUCUGUGGCAGCCAUACAUGCCCUAUCUAUAACACCCCCACCAUGUUUCACAGAUGGUGGGGGGGCUUUGGUUUUCCAGAACUCUGCAGGCUCUUUAAGGUACUACUUAGCAAACUGUAACCCAGUCGUCCUGUUUUUACAGCUAUCUAGUGGUUUUAAUCUUGUUGACAAAUGCCAGUAACAGUCUCCAAAUGCAAUCAAAACCCAUAUAGCUUUGAAUCAAGACGAGAUACUGAAAGAAUACAAGAACUUAUUGAAUACAUCUGACUUAAAAGAAACAACUGUCCAAUUACUUUUGGUCCCCUAAAAUGGAGGGACUAUAUGUAAAAAGGGAUGUCAUUCCUACAUGGAUCACUCAAUAUGGAUGUAAAUACUCUCAAAUUGUGACCAUCUGCAUUUUAUUUUCAUUUUUUCAUUUCAAAAAGUGCUGGAGUACACGGCCAAAAGAACAGAGAAUGUAUCAUUGUCCAAAUACUUGCGGACUUCACUUUGCGUGGGCACACACAUACACACACACACACACACACACACACACACACACACACACACACUCUCUUGCUUGCUCUCUUCUCCAAAUGGGAUCACAUUACUUCAUAUACUGAUGUACUGUUUUGUAUCUCAGUUUCAGUAGAAUUAUUUGUUUUAAUCCGUCAAAUCUCCAAUGUGGAUUGUGUGCACGGAGUCAUUAUUACCAUACAGUACAGAGGUUUAACGACAGGGGCUCUAAUGAGGUUUGAAUUGAAA